UUUGAACUCGUUCACCGAAGAAACAGAGCAAACCGGAGACUCUGCAACUCGUUGAUAUGUGGUCUCGCCAAAGCUUCCUCACCAACGCCCUCAUUCCCCUUCCCCACAAACCCUACGCCCCACCUCCUACUUCCCAUAAAUUCAUCUCUUGCAGUUAUUCUCAACGUGAUGGACAAGAUUCCCCCAGGAAGAAAGAGAAUAAGUUGGCCAAGUUAGCACUAGUCGCAGUGGCUGCUGGAGUGUUGACACUGGGGUCAGUUCAUGAUGCAUCAGCUGCCAAGAGUGGGGGUAGAGUUGGUGGCAAGGCCUUCAGAUCUUCGGCUCCUCGUUCCUCACCCAGAAUCAACAACAACUCCAGGACCAACAUCUAUGUGAAUCCCCCUGUGGCGCCUCCUUUGGUCGGUGGCUAUGGCUACGGUUAUGGCGUGCCGUUCUAUGGUGGGUGGGGCUGGUCUCCAUUUUCGUUCUUCGCACCAGGCCCAAGUGUAGCAGUUGGCAUUGGAGGUGGGUUUGAUGCUAUAGUGCUGUUUUUGGUUCUUGGUGCUGCUGCUGCGGUUGUGAGGAGAUUCUUUAGGUCAAGAGAUGAAGAGGAUGACUACUAGCACCAGAAGAAGGGAAAAAAGAGAACAGUAUUUUUUUUUUUCCUUAAAUAUUUUCAGAGAAUGAUACAUGUAUGUAAACUAGAAUAGUAACCAUGGUCGAUAUCCCAAAAACUUCAUAUCAGAGUAAGGAAAGGAUUCUUUUUUUUUUAAAAAAAAAAGAAAAGAA